GUGCAGUGCCAGCAAGAAAGAUGUGUGGCUAUUCUACUAGACCAUGGUGCAGACCCAAAUCUAUCAGAUGGUGAUGGCAACACUGCCCUUCACCUUGCUGUCAUGUCUCCUAAUACAUCCAUAGCAGGGCUGUUACUUGGGCAUAAUGCCAAUAUUGAUGCUCAAAAUAAGAAGGGAUAUACCCCACUUAUUCUUGCUGUGUCUGAACAUCAUGAAGAGAUGGUAGAGUUUCUCCUUAAAGAAGGAGCUGACGUGCAUGCCCGAGAUCAGUGCGAAAGAACCCCACUUAUGACUGCUGCUUCUGGUGGGGAGCUUAAUUUGAUAAAAGUUCUUCUUCAUUAUGGUGCUGAUGUUUCCCAUAAAGACACUAAUGGAUGGACAGCUGAGGAUUAUGCUGUUAUUCAUGGAUCUUCUAG